AUGUUGAGCCCAGACCUCCAGCCGGGAAAGGUGCCUCCGCCGAGCCAAAACGGCGUGGAAUUGGGCUCAUCGGAUGGUUGGACGCCCCAGAGUUGGCGAAAGCGUCCGGCGAUUGCGCAGGAGAUUGAAUACAAAGAACCCUUGGCACUCGAGGAAGUCCUGCGCACCGUCGCUUCCUUGCCGCCCCUGGUCAGCCCGGUCAAGAUUGAACUGGCCCGCAAACACUUUGCGGCAGCGGCUCGCGGAGAAGCCUUUAUCAUCCAGGGCGGAGAUUGUGCAGAGAGCUUCCAGGACGUGCGGCCCCUGAUCGUGCAGCAGAAGGUGCAGCUGCUUCACGAACAGUCGCGGCUGCUCAGGGACUCGCUGGGCCUGCCCGUGAUCACGGUGGGAAGAAUCGCCGGCCAGUAUGCCAAACCGCGAUCCUGUCCUUUCGAAACCUUGGCCGAUGGGUCUCAGGUCUACAGCUUCCGGGGCGAAAACGUCCACGGGUUCCAUCCCGACGAUCGCACCCCGGACCCCAACCGAUUGCUGCAGGCAUAUUUCUACGCCCGGGCGACAUUGGAUCUGAUGAAAGCCUGCCCGCCACUGCGGACGCCCCCGUCCGUCGAUGCCAUCGCGUCGCCGGGAAGGGACCUCUUCCGCACGAAUCUCCCGGGGGAGCCGGGACAAGGGCCCAUCUUCACAUCGCAUGAAGCCCUCCACUUGCCGUACGAGAGCGCGGUCACCCACGGCCGCUAUAACACGUCUGCCACGUUCGUCUGGAUCGGCGAGCGCACCCGCCAGCGCAAUGGUCCGCACCUCGAAUAUGUCCGGGGGAUCCGCAACCCGAUCGGGAUCAAAGUGGGACCGACCAUGCGCCCACAGGAACUGGUGGACCUGUUGGAUCUGAUUAUACGACAGCCCCAAGACCGGCACGAUCCCCAAGAUGGCCGAGUGACAAUCAUCACGCGGUUGGGCGCGGAUCAGGUCGAGACGGUGCUGCCGCCGCUCAUCCACGCCGUGCAGAAAGCCGGCCACACGCCGGUCUGGAUGUGCGACCCCUGUCACGGCAAUACCACCGUCACGCCCUCGGGGAUCAAGACCCGCUGUGUCGAGACCAUCGUCCGGGAGGUCAUCCGCACCUUCGAGGUUCAUCGAGCCAGCGGGUCGUUCAUGGGGGGGCUCCACCUGGAACAGACGGGCGAAUUCGUCACCGAGUGCGUGGACGCCUGGGACACUUCUUGCGAGCGGGACUUGACGACAAACUACCGCAGUCUGUGUGAUCCGCGACUGUCGUACAUCCAAGCCUUAGCCGUGGUUCGGUCGUUCCUGGAUCAUGUCUGCUGCUCGACAUCAAAGGCCCAUGGUCUGUGA